UAUGUUGCAUAACCAAAAACUCAUGUUGCUUUCCGAGCAUCGAAGGGAACCAAAAUAAUUUCCUAUAGGAAUUUCCUUUUCUAUAGAGUUUAUGAGGCACAGUAACUGUUUCUCUAGCCAAGAGAACAAACUAUAACAAGGAGUUACCAGUGUUACCUAAUGAUGUCGUUUGCUAAUAUUCUUUCUCGUUUUACAAUUACUAGCAAAAAUCUGACCGGAUGCGGGUUUCAGCAAGUACGUAACAAAUGGACCGACUGGCGUAUGAUCAAGGAUGCUAAGAGGCGUCGGUGUGUGGUUGAACAUGCCAAGGACCGUCUUCGGGUUAAUUCGUUGCGCAAAAACACUAUACUACCGGUAGAACUUCGAGAACUGGCUAGUUCGGAAAUUCACGCUUUUCCACGGGAUACUUCGCUGGUACGGGUUAGAGAACGGUGCGCUGUUACUUCUAGAUCUCGGGGCAUUGUACACCGUUGGCGAGUUAGUCGAAUUGUAUGGCGUCAUCUGGCCGAUUAUAACAAACUGUCUGGGGUUCAAAGAGCAAUGUGGUGAAUAAAGAUGCUUCUAAUUCAGUUAUGAAUUUCGUCCUAA